AGUUCGUGCUCCACAACCGAACUGAUCGGUGUUUGUGGCGUGACGCUGCUGUGAUUGGCGCUUAUUGUGAUAAGGGUACGCGGAAGGAAUACACGAAUACGUUGUUGGUGCCGUGUGUAUCGAAUCGAAGCGGUUUGCUGUUUGUAUCGCGUUGAAAUCACCUUGGUCGCAACACAUCAUGCGACAUUCAACGAAGGAUCCGGCGAGGAUCCUGCGGCCAUCGUUGACCUCCUCGUCGGUGCUGCUAGUGUGUUUGGUGCUGAGUGCAGUGUUCAUAACCGGUUCCCAGGGCGAUGGUCAUUACUCGAUCGUUGGUGCAAAGCUGUUGCGCCCGAACUCGGAAUACCACGUGGCGGUAACGAAUCAGGACGUGGAUCAACCGAUCCGUUUCAGUCUCGCCAUUACGGAUGCAAGCAGCGUGAUUGAAAAGCAGGAGAUAACACUAAAUACCGGUGAAACACGGCUAGUUCCGUUUGCGAUUGGUGAUAUCCCGGAAUCGUCCUACAAACUGGUGGCCGAAGGGUUAUCAGGGCUAACCUUCAAGAACGAGACUGAUUUAGAGUAUCAACAGAAGAGCUUCUCGGUGUUUGUGCAAACCGACAAAUCAAUCUACAAGCCGGGUGAUACGGUGCGGUUCCGUGUGCUGGUACUUGACCCAAACACCAAGCCGCUCCCGAAGGCGGACAGCAUCAGUGUGCACAUUAACGAUGCAAAGGCGAACCGCAUCAAGCAGUGGAAGGAAGGGAAGCUGGUGAAGGGUGUGUUCGAAUCGGAGCUGACCCUCUCGACUGCACCCGUGCUGGGUGCUUGGUCGAUCAACGUGGAAGUGUUGGGCACGAAACACAACAAGGUGUUCGAGGUGGAUGAGUAUGUGUUGCCGAAAUUUGAGGUAACGGUAGAAUCGCCCGGCAUAACGACGUUCAAAGACGGCAAGGUGAAGGCUAUCAUACGGUCGAAGUAUACCUACGGUAAACCGGUGAAGGGUGAAGCGACAGUAUCGGCCAGUCCCGAGUUCCAGUUUCACUAUGUGCAACCGUUCGCCAAGGAUGUGAUCACCCGCAAGGUGGUUCCGAUCGAUGGCAAGGGUUCGGUGGAGUUUGACCUACGGGAGGAACUACGGCUGGAGGGUGAUUACUCGCGGAACAUCGUUAUUGAGGCGGUUGUCGAGGAGGAACUAACCGGCCGGAAACAGAACGCUUCCGCCAAGGUGAUGAUCUACGAUCGACGAUACAAGAUGGAGCUGGUUAAGACGGAUGAUAACUUCAAACCGGGACUACCCUACACCGCCUGGUUGAAGGUUACGCAUCAGGAUGGAACGCCGGUACAGGAUCAAGCUAACCAGGUCGAGGUGAAACAGUCAACCUACGAAAGUACGCAGUUUGUGAGGAACUACACGCUGGAUCAGAACGGUAUGGCGAAGCUGGAGAUCAACACCGAUGUGAACAGUACGUACAUCAGCAUGGUUGGUGUGUAUCUGGGCCAAGAGUUCUACCUGAGUGGCAUCUCCAAGGCCGAUUCGGAUGUUGACUCUUACAUCCGUGCGAGAGUUCUCACCGAGAUGCCGCUCGUCGGCAAGGAUGUUUUGGUGGAGGUGACCGCUACAACGCCGAUGAAGUACUUCACCUACCAGCUGCUGGGGCGUGGUGAUGUGUUGCUCAGUAAUACGAUAGCAGUGCCGGAAAGCAAAACCCACUCGUUCAAGUUCCCCGCCACGUUCGCCAUGGUGCCGAGAGCGAAGUUGGUCGUGUACUUCAUCGCCGCCAAUGGGGAUAUGGUGAGCGAUAGUAAGGUGAUCACGUUCGAUAGUGAGCUGCAGAACUUUAUGAAGGUAAGCCUCUCGAAGGAGCAGACAAAACCGGGCCAGGAUGUGGAAAUUAGCAUCAGCACCAAUCCGGACUCGUACGUCGGUUUGCUGGGUGUCGAUCAGAGCGUACUGCUGCUGAAGAGCGGCAAUGACAUCACAAAGGAGCAGGUGUUCGGUGAGCUCGAGAAGUACGAGGAGCGAUCGUACGGAUAUUAUCGCAGGAAGAAGCGUUUCGCGUGGAACCCGCGUGCUGAGCAUUCAGAUUUUAAUACUGUCGGUGCAUUCGUACUAUCCAACGCCAAUGAUCCUCCCCCAAAUAACACAUUGCCUGAGGUACCGAUUUAUAAGUUCCACCGCGCCCCGAACGGUACCGUGCUGUACACGACGAUCGAAAAGCAACGAUCGAUACCGCAGAAGCAACAACACGUGCUGAAAACCAAUACGCGGCCACCGUUGGCUGGCCCGUUCGCGUUCAGCCGCAUACCGCGGCCACACCGCGACAUACCGCGCAUAUUCCUGUCGCAGGAAAUUCAAAACACUUGGCUUUUUGAGAACGCCUACUCCGGCUUCAGCGGUGAAAAGACGCUCCAGAAAAAGGUCCCCGAUACGAUUACGUCGUGGAUCAUCACCGGUUUUUCGGUGAACCCGGUGUACGGACUUGGACUUACUCAGCAACCCCGCAAACUGAAGGUGUUCUUGCCAUUCUUCGUCUCCACCAAUCUCCCGUACUCGGUGAAGCGCGGUGAAGUUGUAGCCAUACCGAUCGUGGUAUUCAACUACAUGGAAGAAGAUCAGACGGCUGAAGUGAUACUGCACAACGACGAGCAAGAGUUUGAGUUUGCCGAUGUUGAGAAUGAAGUUGUUGAGUCGUCCAAGGUGGAACUGUUCCGCCAGAAGCGUCUGGAUAUUGCAUCCAACACGGGCAAAUCGGUAUCGUUCAUGGUGAAACCUAAAAAGCUCGGACACAUUACGAUCAAGGUGACGGCGAAAACGAAGAUCGCGGGUGACGCCGUGGAGCGCCAGUUGCUAGUGGAACCGGAGGGACUGCCCCAGUUCAUCAACAAAGCUGCCUUUGUUGAUUUGCGUGCAGUACCGGAGGUGACGAAGACUUUCGAGGUGGAGAUUCCGAAGAAUGCGGUACCGGACUCGACCCGCAUUGAGGUAGCGGUCAUUGGUGAUGUGAUGGGUUCGACCAUUCAGAACCUGGACUCGCUCAUCCGGAUGCCGUACGGGUGCGGUGAGCAGAACAUGCUCAACUUUGUGCCAAACAUUGUCGUACUGGAUUACCUGAAGGCCACCAACAAACUGACGGCCAACAUCGAAGCAAAGGCGAAGAAGUUCAUGGAGGCGGGUUAUCAGCGCGAGCUCAGCUACAAACAUACGGACGGAUCGUUCAGUGCGUUUGGUGAGAAUGACAAGAGUGGCAGCACCUGGCUGACGGCCUUCGUGGCUAGAUCGUUUAAGCAGGCGGCCAACCACAUCACCAUCGACGAGAAGGUGAUCGACAAAUCGCUCGAGUGGUUGAGCGAUCAUCAGGCACCGAACGGUAGCUUCCCGGAGGUGGGCGUCGUUUCGCACAAGGAUAUGCAGGGCGGAUCCGGUUCGGGUGUUGCACUGACGGCGUACACGCUUAUUGCAUUCCUGGAAAACAUCAAUCUGGUGGAUAAGUACAAAAACACGAUCAAUAAGGCGAUCGACUAUGUGUACCGCAACACGGAAUCACUGGACGAUACGUACGCACUAGCGUUGGCCGCGUACGCCCUACAGUUGGCCGAUCACUCGUCGAAGGGUUUGAUACUGAGCAAGCUGGACACGAAGGCGACCACCGACAGUGACUCGAAAUGGUGGCACAAACCGAUCCCGGAGACGGAGCAGAAGAACCCAUGGUACAGUAGGCCCAACUCGGUGAACGUUGAAAUGAGUUCGUACGGUAUGUUGGCUUUCUUGGAGGCCGGUCUCGAUACGGAUGCGCUCCCGAUUAUGAAGUGGCUGAUCGGACAGCGUAACGAUAAGGGUGGAUUCCAGUCCACGCAGGACACGGUCGUGGGGCUGCAGGCACUCGCAAAGCUCGCAGCUAAAAUUACGUCGCCCAACAACGAUGUCACAAUCACGGCAAAGAUUAACGAAAACCAGGAAAAGCGCAUGACGGUCAAUGCCGAGAAUGGUAUGAUCUUGCAGAAGUUUGAGCUCCCGUCGGCCGCUCGCAACAUCGAGCUCAAGGCUACGGGCAGUGGAUUCGCGGUGGUACAGCUGUCGUACAAGUACAACAUGAACGUGACGGGCGAGUGGCCACGCUUUGUGCUUGAUCCGCAGGUGAAUGCGAACACCAACCAGGACCACCUACAUCUGUCCGUGUGUGCUAGCUUCGUACCGUCCGCUGGCCAGAACGCUUCCAAUAUGGCCGUCAUGGAGGUGAGCUUCCCGAGUGGCUUUACGGCUGAUUCGGAUACACUACCAUCGCUGGAAAAUAUGCCUUUCAUUAAGAAAGUGGAAACUAAAGAUGGUGACACCACGGUUGUGCUGUACUUCGAUAGUUUGGAUCAGCGGGAACUCUGCCCAACGAUCUCUGCUUUUCGUACGCACAAGGUCGCGAAGCAGAAGCCGGCUCCAGUUGUAAUCUACGAUUAUUACGAUAACUCUCGCAUCGCACGUCAAUUCUACGAAGGACCGAAGGCCUCCAUGUGUGACAUAUGUGAGAAGGAGGACUGCAGCGAGGCGUGCACCAUCCGGUCCCAGAAGCAACGGUCAUCGGACAGUCCCAGCCGUCAGCCAACCAACGGCGGAACAGAAGCGAGCAGCAGCCAAACGCUGACGGUCAGUUUCGUCACCUUCCUGCUCACAACGAUGCUGGUGACCCUGUUUCACUAACGGUGUGCCGCGAUAAGAACAACUAAUGUCAAGUGACUCCAUUUCGGAGUAGCGAUUGGGUUUGUGCUACCAACGGGUAGAUGAAGAAGGUACAGUUCGCUCUUUUUUAUUGUGGAGUUGUGCCAAAAGCAUUGGAAUCAUGUGCGGGAUGGGCAGGAUAAGGUUGAUAAGAAAUAAAUGAAAGAUGUCUAACAACGCGUUGA